GGUUCAUGAGUAUUAUUGAUAAUUAUUCUAUUCCCAUUCUAUUACUAUAUCUUGACAAAGAAAAAGAAACGAAAACCGCAACUACAAAAUGAUUGGAGCUCACACUGGCCUCAAUGAAAAGGUCCUCGCCUACAGACCCAGCGAUCCCCCGGUGGAAGAAAUUCGCCCGCCCAAAGAUCGUGCAUUUUUUGCCGAUCUGGAAAAGAGAUCUCUUCUCUCAGCGGUCACCAAGGUUAAGCACUUGACGCCAUAUAUAGGGACAGAACUACAGGGUGUGCAGUUGAGUCAGUUGGAUGAGAAGCAGAAAAAUGAGUUGGCUCUGCUGGUCGCUGAGAGAGGAGUCGUCUUUUUCCGAGAUCAGGACCUCACACUUGAAGGGCAACAUGAAUUCACGAAACAUUUCGGCAUUGUAGACUUAAUUCAUCUCUCUUUCUAUGGGCGUUUGGAUAUUGACAUUCCUCUUUUUAGCAAGACAGGGACCCUAACCAAGUCGAUCCACGUCAUUGCAUUCGCCGAAUUUCACUCUGAUCACUCCUUCGAGAUCAAUCCACCUUCCUAUACAUUACUUCGAAUGGUCAAAACUCCGGAAUAUGGCGGCGAUACUAUCUGGACGAGUCAGACGGCGUUGUUCGAUAAAUUGAGUCCGACAUUUCAGAAAACGUUCGAAGGGCUUCAUGGGGUUCACAGUUCUGAGCAUACAUACAUCAACACUAUCAACAGGGGCGGAACUACCUUUCGGUUGCCCGUACGCAGGGAGCAUCCUCUUGUUCGUACUCAUCCGGUAACCAAACAGAAAGCACUAUUCUACAAUCCUGCAUUCGUAAUCCACAUCGCCGAGCUGAAAGGUUUCGAGGCAUUACAUACUCUCAACUUUCUCCGCGAACACCUCCAUUCAGCUGACGAUCUAACUGUCCGCUGGCAAUGGGAAGCUGGCAGCAUCGCGCUUUGGGAUAAUCGAGUUGCCGUUCACCGGGCAGUUCCUGGUGGAUAUAACACCGAAGAGAGAGAAGGCAAGAGGACCGCGGUUUAUGGUGAGAAGCCGUUUUAUGAUCCAAGCAGCAAGACUUUGAGUGAGUGGCAAGCCGAAAGAAAUCAGAAUGAAGUGCCGGUGAUCAAGACUGAAUUGGAUGGGUUUUAAUAUUAUCUAGGUAUCAUGUCAAUAAUAAAGGCAGCAGCCCUAUGUCAUUCCUCAAAAUUCUUACCCUAGCUCUAUGGAUAUAAGCUUACCUAUAGCUUCAACUCCAAUACUAAU